AGCGGGCGCAUCCGAGACUGGCGUCGUGUCGAUCGGCGCGUUACAGACAUACAGACAGACGGAAGUGGGCGUUCCCGAGCGUUCGCGUAUUAUAGUAUGGAAUGAUACGAUGACAUCGCCGACUUCCUUGGGCACCGCUAUUUUGUGUAGGUAUGGUAUGUGACAAAUUUAUGUACUGGACAACCCACGUAGUGGGUGUUCUGACUUGACGUCGUGUGUGUUCUGACGUGACGUAGUCUGUGUUCUGACGUGACGUAUGGGGGUAUGUAUGGCGACAUUGGCGCUAGCUAGUCAGUGUUGAACGACGUGUGAAGCAGUACACACAUGGUCAUGGGCGGUCGUCGCUCUCGUCAUUUCGUUGUGAUGCUCAUUGUUUGUUCCUCUCUCUUCUGUCUCGUUGCAAACGUUCUCUCCGUUCCGAUAGCAACGACGUCACCGACAUCAUCAUCUGACGACAAACUGGCUAUAAGCUGCUUAUCUGGAAAUUGUCAACAUGACACCACAUCUGUUGCAGUUGAAGGAAAGAUACAUUUUCGCUGUCUCACAGCAGAAGGACAUGAUGUGUCUCAGAACAUUUUUUGGUUCCACAAUGGCAGGAACAUAUUGAACAGACCUUGUAGUACUAAUAGUAUUACUUUACAAGAGCCGUGCGUCAUGUGGGGUGCACACUUUGAGACACUAGUUAUUAAUUAUUUAUUGACAUCUGAUGCUGGAAAUUACAAGUGUUGUUAUGCUAACUGUGUUAGCUCGUCACAAGAUAUUUCAGUCACUGUGCUCCAGACAUUGGUCAUUACAGAACCAAUACUGCCAAAGAAACAAAUCUCAUCUGCACCUACAACAAGUACUAACACGAUGAGGUCAACGUCUGCAAUCAGCACUCCGGUAGAUCCUACGUUCUCUGCUCUAAUGAAAGGGACUGAGGUAUCUACCAGGAUCACCUCUGAACCUACGGAGACGAUAACGGUGGAUCCUGAAGCUACGAUGUACUUUAGUCCUACUAAUUCUGUAGUGGACGAAAGUGUUAGAGAAGAGAACAAAGAUAGUGGAGGAAACUUUGAUGAAAAAGUGCCGGUCAUUGCUGGUGCUUUUGUCGGUGGUCUUGUCAUCAUCGUCAUCAUCGUCAUCAUCUGUGUGCUAGUGUUCACCAGUAGAUGCAAGCAACCACCAGAAGGAAAUAGUAGUGAAGAACCUCUACCUCGAUCACCUGACUCUGACAAUAUUACUAGCAACGAGCUUGUUCCCAUUGAGCACCGUUGUGAUGAGAGUCGACAUGAUGCCCCUGGUUCGCCCUGUCAACGUCAUGACCUUCAAGACAUGACACAACAAAUUAGAAGUGAUAUUUGUCAGUCUGAAAAUCGACUCGGCCAGCAAGUAGCAGGAGUUGCAGAUCAAGUUGCUGAGCUUAGAGGUGAACUUGCUAAACAUGCCAAUCAACCUGGAAACAAUAACAAUGCAUCUAAGGUGGGUACGAGUUCCAGCCAAACAGAAACAGUCUUAUAAUGUUGAUAGAUAUUAAUUUUAUAUGCAAUAUUUUGAUGCUGGGGUUUUCCUCAAUUACUAGUUUUAUUGUAUAUAACUCGAAUUCGACUAAUUAAUGACAA